AUGCUCUUGGCGCUGGCCCCUGCAGCACCCACGAGGGUGACUCUGGAGGUGCCGUCCGUGGGAUCUGCGGGCGGGGACGCCCAUCCCGGCUCCGGCUCCGGGCAGGACACAAACAGGAGCCCCAGCUCGGAGCGGGAAGUCUGCGAACACCCCGCGUCGGUCCCACCGCUCCCCGGAGAGCCCCCGGCCCCUCCGAGGGGAGCGCAACCCGCGGGGCUCCCCCUGCUCCGCGUCCAUCCCGGAGAGAUUCCCGCAGGACCGGCAGCCCGGCCCCACGCGCCUCCCGCGGUCUCCGCCUGCCCCCGCGCGGCGGCUCCGGGCACGGACCCGCACCACGGACGGACACACGGACAGACCCACGGACGGACCGCACCGGGACCCGCACCACGGACGGACCGCACCGGGACCCGCACCACGGACGGACACACGGACAGACCCACGGACGGACCGCACCGGGACCCGCACCACGGACGGACCGCACCGGGACCCGCACCACGGACGGACACACGGACAGACCCACGGACGGACCGCACCGGGACCCGCACCACGGACGGACACACGGACAGACCCACGGACGGACCGAACCGGGACCCGCACCACGGACGGACACACGGACAGACCCACGGACGGACCGCACCGGGACCCGCAUCCACGGACGGACCAGCACUGACCCGCACCACGGACGGACACACGGACAGACCCACGGACGGACCGCACCGGGACCCGCACCACGGACGGACACACGGACAGACCCACGGACGGACCGAACCGGGACCCGCACCACGGACGGACACACGGACAGACCCACGGACGGACCGCACCGGGACCCGCACCACGGACGGACCGCACCGGGACCCGCACCACGGACGGACACACGGACAGACCCACGGAUGGAUCCUCACCAGGACCCACGCCCACAGACAGACCCACACCCAUGAAGGACCUACAGAUGGCUCCACAACAGUUUGA